AAGCAAACCCAUGAUUUUACUUUUAUCAAUUUACCUCCUUUUUCAGGUUUUUUUAUGAACUGAUUAAGCCAAAACAAUGGUUUGGGUUUUGGUUCUAUUGAGCUUCAUUGUCCUUUGUGGUGAUGGGAUUAUUUCAGAGGGAGCUGCUUCAAGGCCUCGUUAUGUUGAUGUUGGAGCAAUAUUCAGUUUAGGGACUUUACAUGGUGAAGUUACAAAUAUUGCCAUGAAAGCUGCAGAGGAAGAUGUCAAUUCUGAUCCUAGCUUCCUUGGUGGAUCAAAAUUGCGUAUAAUGACGUAUGAUGCCAAGCGUAAUGGAUUCCUCACCAUCAUGGGAGCAUUGCAAUUCAUGGAGACUGAUGCUGUGGCUAUCAUUGGUCCUCAGACAUCAAUAAUGGCUCAUGUUCUGUCUCAUCUUGCAAAUGAGCUUAGUGUGCCUAUGCUGUCAUUCACGGCUUUAGACCCUAGCCUAUCGGCGCUCCAGUUCCCGUUCUUUGUCCAAACAGCACCUAGCGAUCUCUUUUUGAUGCGUGCCAUUGCGGAAAUGAUAAGUUACUACGGUUGGUCAGAGGUGGUUGCAUUGUACAAUGAUGAUGACAACAGUAGAAACGGUAUAACAGCCUUAGGCGAUGAGCUCGAAGGAAGGCGCUGCAAGAUUUCAUACAAGGCUGUGCUUCCUUUGGAUGUGGUGAUUACGAGUCCUCGUGAGAUCAUUGAUGAGUUGGUUAAGAUUCAAGGGAUGGAAUCUCGGGUUAUCAUUGUGAACACUUUCCCUAGAACAGGUAGGGUGAUCUUCGAAGAAGCCCAGAAGCUUGGCAUGAUGGAGAAAGGCUAUGUUUGGAUAGCUACAACUUGGUUGACUUCUCUGUUAGAUUCAGUUAACCCGUUGCCUUCCAAGAAUGCUGAAUCUCUUAGAGGAGUGCUCACUCUUCGUAUUCACACGCCAAAUUCAAGAAAGAAAAAAGAUUUUGUGACACGGUGGAACAAGUUGAGUAAUGGGACUGUCGGUUUAAACGUUUAUGGACUUUAUGCUUAUGAUACUGUCUGGAUCAUUGCUCGAGCUGUUAAGACACUUCUAGAUAGCGGAGCUAAUAUUUCCUUCUCGAGCGACCCAAAGUUAACCAGCAUGACGGGAGGAGGGUCACUGAAUCUAGGUGCAUUGAGCAUAUUUGACCAAGGAUCACAAUUUCUUGAUUAUAUUGUGAAUACAAACAUGACUGGUCUUACAGGUCAAAUACACUUUCUUCCUGACAGAUCAAUGAUACAGCCCUCAUAUGACAUCAUAAACGUGGUUGAUGACGGGUUUAGGCAGAUAGGGUAUUGGUCUAACCAUUCUGGGCUCUCUAUUUUACCUCCAGAGUCACUAUACAAUAAGCCUUCAAAUCGUUCGAGCUCAAACCAACAUCUGAACAAUGUGACUUGGCCUGGUGGGACUUCUGUGACACCACGUGGAUGGGUUUUUCCUAACAACGGGAGAAGAUUGAGAAUCGGUGUACCCGAUAGAGCAAGUUUCAAGGAAUUUGUGUCAAGGGUGGAUGGAAGCAACAAAGUGCAAGGGUAUGCCAUUGAUGUCUUUGAAGCUGCUGUAAAACUGAUUUCUUAUCCGGUUCCUCAUGAGUUCGUCCUUUUUGGAGACGGUCUCAAGAACCCAAACUUCAAUGAAUUUGUCAACAAUGUCACUACCGGGGUAUUUGAUGCUGUUGUAGGAGACAUAGCUAUUGUUACAAAACGAACAAGGAUUGUGGAUUUCACUCAGCCAUACAUAGAAUCAGGGCUUGUCGUGGUUGCUCCUGUCACAAAGCUAAACGAUACUCCGUGGGCGUUCUUACGCCCUUUUACACCUCCAAUGUGGGCUGUUACAGCAGCCUUUUUCCUCAUCGUUGGAUCAGUAAUAUGGAUUCUUGAACAUAGAAUCAACGAUGAGUUCCGCGGACCUCCAAGGAAACAAAUUGUUACUAUUCUCUGGUUCAGCUUCUCCACGAUGUUUUUCGCCCACAGAGAGAACACAGUGAGCACACUCGGUCGUGCUGUGCUGCUGAUCUGGCUAUUUGUGGUACUGAUUAUAACUUCAAGCUACACAGCGAGUCUUACAUCGAUUCUUACAGUGCAACAGCUAAACUCACCGAUCAGAGGAGUAGACACACUCAUCAGCAGCAGUGGACGAGUUGGGUUUCAGGUAGGUUCUUAUGCGGAAAACUACAUGAUUGAUGAGCUUAACAUCGCCAGAUCCAGACUUGUACCACUCGGCUCUCCUAAAGAAUACGCUGCAGCUCUUCAAAACGGAACUGUUGCUGCAAUUGUCGAUGAACGCCCUUACAUUGAUCUCUUCCUCUCGGAAUUUUGCGGAUUUGCCAUUAGAGGCCAAGAAUUCACCAGAAGUGGCUGGGGAUUUGCAUUUCCAAGAGACUCUCCAUUAGCAAUCGACAUGUCAACCGCGAUCUUAGGUCUAUCUGAGACGGGACAGCUUCAAAAGAUUCAUGACAAGUGGCUUUCAAGAUCCAACUGCAGUAACCUGAAUGGUGCAGAGUCAGAUGAGGAUUCAGAACAGCUUAAACUCCGUAGCUUCUGGGGAUUAUUCCUUGUGUGUGGGAUCGCUUGUUUUAUCGCUCUUUUCAUCUACUUCUUCAAGAUAGUCCGCGACUUCUGGCGCCACAGCAAGCCUGAGGAAGAAGCUACAGUACCUUCACCAGAAAGUUCACGUUCUAAAACAUUGCAGAGAUUUUUAGCUUAUUUUGAUGAAAAAGAAGAAGAAACCAAGAGAAGGUUGAAGCUUCCAUUAAUGGCGACCAUUUGUUUUCAAUCUCCUUCAAAACCCAUUUACAAUUUUCAACCAAAAUUUAAACUUUCAUCGCCGGUAAUCACUAAAGUCUCUGCCUUUAAACCCAGAGCCUCCGUACAAUCAAAAAGCCUUGUCAUCGUCACCGAGCCAGAGCCAGUUUUCACCUCCGUCAAAACUUUCGCUCCGGCGACUGUUGCGAAUUUAGGUCCAGGCUUUGACUUCUUAGGAUGCGCCGUCGAUGGUCUCGGUGACCACGUCACUCUCCACGUGGAUCCCACCGUUCGUAACGGAGAGAUCUCAAUCUCUGAGAUCACCGGAACAACGACCAAACUCAGCUUUGAUCCACACCGGAAUUGCGCGGGAAUUGCAGCUAUGGCGACGAUGAAGAUGCUUGGGAUCAAAUCGGUUGGCUUAUCGUUAGCUUUGCAUAAAGGACUUCCUUUAGGGAGUGGUUUAGGUUCUAGCGCGGCUAGCGCCGCCGCAGCAGCUGUGGCUGUUAAUGAAUUAUUCGGCGGGAAAUUAGGUAACGACGAGCUAGUUCUCGCCGGAUUAGAAUCGGAAGCUAAAGUCUCAGGCUUUCACGCUGAUAACAUUGCGCCGGCGAUUAUUGGUGGAUUCGUUUUGAUUAGAAGCUACGAGCCACUUGAUUUAAAACCCUUGAGAUUCCCACCGGAGAAAGAUCUCUUCUUUGUUCUCGUUAGCCCUGAUUUCGAAGCUCCAACUAAGAAAAUGAGAGCAGCAUUGGCCAAAGAGAUUCCGAUUGCUCACCAUGUUUGGAACAGUAGUCAAGCGGCGGCGUUAGUGGCGGCGGUUUUGGAAGGUGACGUGGAGAAUCUCGGGAAGGCGCUUUCUUCGGAUAAAGUAGUGGAGCCGAAGAGAGCACCAUUGAUUCCGGGAAUGGAAGCUGUGAAGAGAGCUGCUUUAGAAGCUGGAGCAUUUGGUUGCACCAUAAGUGGAGCUGGUCCAACGGCGAUUGCGGUUAUCGACACGGCGGAGAAAGGUUACGAGAUCGGGGAGAAAAUGGUCGAAGCAUUCUUGAAGGUCGGAAACUUGAAAUCUAUUGCUUCUGUGAAGAAACUUGAUAAAAUCGGAGCUAGACUUAUCAAAAGUAUGUAAUUUUUCUGAGUUUUACGGAUUUUUCUACGGAUUAUGCAAAUGGUAAAUGAUAAUAAAGAGAUUCGUAAUUG